AUGUCUACUGAUCACCUCCCCAUUGAUUUUAACUCACUGAUCAAUCGAUUCAAGUUCUCAAGAGUUUUGGAUUCGAAUCCCCAGACGAAAGUGAUAUCUUUGCUUGGGAAAAUUGAUUCAAAGGAUGCUAUUGUGACUCUGGAGAAGACGCACUUCACCUAUGACACGAACGUCCUUAAGAAAGAGGACGGAAGAAACACUCCGAUUCUGCACAACUGUGAAGAUGAGUUUUCUUGUCUAAGUUCUAUUCAAAAUCUUAAACAGAUUGCAUCGAAUGACAUAUACUUUUGGGGCAUGCUGACGAUGAAGCAAGAUCUCGAACGCAACCCUACUGCGAAGGUAAAUUUGAUUUGGCCAGCUACAGCUGUUCAUAUUAGAAAAUAUGACCAGCAACUCUUCCAUGUAAUUCGGGAGACUCCAGAAAUCUACUCGAAAGUUGUGGAGCCCUAUAUAAAUGAGAUGUGCAAUAAUGGGCGCUUGAAGUGGGUUCACAACAUUUUAUAUGAUGGAGCUGAAUCAGAAAGGGUGGUUUACAAGGAUUUUGUAGAAGAAAACUCGCAGGAUGGUUUUCUUGUCUUGCCAGAUAUGAAGUGGGAUGGUGUCAACUUAGAUGCAUUAUAUCUGGUGGCUAUUGUGUUUAGAAAAGACAUUCGUUCAGUGAGGGACUUGAGACCUGAGCAUCGCCCAUGGUUAAUUGAGAUGCUAAAUAAGAUCAGGUCUGUUAUCCCAGCCUGUUACAACUACGCUAUUCGACCUGAUGAGUUACGAACUUUCAUCCACUACCAACCAUCAUAUUAUCACUUUCAUAUUCACAUUGUGAAUGUCAGGCAUCCCGGACUAGGUGAUGGUAUUUCGGCAGGUAAAGCAAUUCUUUUGGAAGAUGUUAUUGAACAGCUCAGAUUUUUAGGGGAGAAAGGGUUCAUGAAUAGGACAAUUUCUUAUGUGAUCGGAGAAAACCAUGAUCUCUGGAAAAAAGGCUUAGAAGGCGAGGUACAAAAACAGCUGGAAAAAGAUGGCAUUCCUAAACUCCCUAAUAUCAUCAAUGAUUUCAGUGUCCAUGAUUUAACAAGUUCUCGAUAA